CCAACUUCACCUUCUUCUCUCCCCCACGCCUUUGGAUCGCUUCCAAGACCCCGAGUUCUCCUUCACUCACCAUUUAAACCUGUCUUGACUCGCGUCCCAUUCCAUUGCUCUCCAACCCACAUCACUAAUCCCUCAGCACCAUGGCUGAACCCGAGGAACUCGAAGACGAUCUCUUCGCGGAUCUUUACGAUGCCGACGAAUCGACUAACCGCGCAACCUCCGCAGUCGAGGCUCCGAAGCACUCUGAGCCUGCCCCGGCAGCAGUCCCUGCGCCGCUUGCUCAAGAGUCCGCCGUGCCAAGCUACGACCCCUCGCCCGUUGAUACAUACCAGACAUACGCUCCUCCUCAACAGGACUACAGCUCGGGCGCUCAUAAUGGGGCGGAUCAUGGUCACGCCCAGCACCCCACGACCGCACACCAUGUGGACCAGGAAGAGCCCCGAUCAGGAACCGGAAUUAAGGAAGACGGGAAAAUGUUCAUUGGCGGAUUGAACUGGGAGACCACCGAUCAAUCUCUUCGUGACUAUUUCUCGCAAUUCGGCGAAGUCCAAGAAUGCACCGUGAUGCGUGACAGCGCCACUGGUCGCUCUCGUGGCUUUGGUUUCCUCACUUUCCGUGAUCCCAAGACAGUCAACACUGUCAUGGUCAAGGAGCACUACCUAGAUGGCAAGAUUAUCGACCCCAAGCGCGCCAUCCCCCGCGACGAACAAGAAAAAACCAGCAAAAUCUUCGUCGGCGGCGUCAGUCAAGAAGCCACCGAACAAGACUUCAAACAAUUCUUCACCCAAUUCGGCCGCGUCAUCGACGCAACCCUCAUGAUCGACAAAGACACCGGCCGCCCCCGCGGUUUCGGCUUCGUAACCUUCGACAGCGAAGCCGCCGUCGAAAAUGCUCUCUCCCGCCCCCUGGAAAUCCUCGGUAAACCCAUCGAGGUCAAAAAAGCCCAGCCACGCGGCAACUUGCGCGAUGAGAACCGCGGUGGUCGCGGCGGCCGCGAUAACUUCCGCGAUAUGAAUCAGGGCGGUGGUGAUUCGGGUUCGCACCAUGGUGGUGCUAGCGGUGCUGGAGGUGCUGGUGGACAGCAGGGUAUGGCGGGUGGAAUGACACCGGCUAUGAUGGCGCAGUAUUGGCAGCGGAUGCAGCAGUACUUUGCUAUGAUGCAGCAGCAGAUGGCUAUGGGUGGAGGAAAUAUGAAUAUGGGCGCUAUGAACCCGGCUAUGAUUCAGCAAAUGCAGCAGAUGCAGAUGAAGCAGAUGGCUGCGCAAAUGGGUGGCGCUGCUCCCCAGCAGCAACAGGGUAGUAUGAGUCCCAACCCAGCUUCCCCGGGUGCCCAGCAACAGGGUAUGCCCAAUAUGAUGAAUGCGGCAAUGAUGGCGCAAAUGCAGGGCCAACAACCCCAAGGCCAACAGCCACAGGGUGGUGCUGGUCAACAAGGCCCCGGUGGUCUCGAGGGUGCUUCUCCCGGCGCGGGAUACAACCGCCAACAACAACCAGGUGGCCCAGGCUACAACGCCCAGGAACAACUCGCCUUUGAGCAACAGAAAUACGAGCAACAGCAGGCUCGCCGCGUUAUGGAUACCAGCCGUGGUUUCUCGCCUUAUCAGCAGGGUGGCCCGACGUCCUGGGAGGGUAUGUAUGAUGAAGUUCCUCAGCCGAAUAUCCCCACCGGUCCACAGGGUAUGGUUCGUGGUGGAAGUAUGGGUCGUGGCGCAACCCCUCAACCAAGUGCAGCCCCCGCCAACGCACCUACAGGCCCCCGUAACGCCGGCAAGCCAGGCUCGAACUACCGCGGCGGUGGCCGUGGUGGACACCGUGGAUUCCAUCCUUAUUCUCGGUAAAAAGAAAAGUGAGGUGUGGAUGGGAUUAUAUCGGAGUUCGAGUUCGAAUUCGAAUUUUGAGUCUGGUCCCCGCCGAACAAACGGGUUUCUCACUCAUGUUUUUUUCUUUCUAUGCUAUGUCUUCUAUUCUUUUACCUAGUGCUUCUUCACUUAUGUCUUUUCCUGUUCUAUUGUUCUAUUGUUACCCUAUCCUAUCCUAUUUUUAACUGGGCCUUGACUUGGAAAACUUUCUGUGCUGUGCUGCUAUCUUUAACAUGCUCCUGUUCUCAUCCUUCUUCCUAUCCCUAUCCCCAUUCUUAUCCCUAUCCCUGUUCCUGUUCCUGUUCUGGUCCAGGACUCAUCGCGGCUACCUGGACUUCUUGUCAUUCCUAUCUCUAUCCCCUUGUUUCUUCUAUUCUUGUUUGUACCCCCGUUUCACCCGUAGAUGCAUGCAAUACGGGGGCUAGGGUGGUUUGUGAUGGUGGUUACCUCUUCUUCUGUUUUUUUCUGUUUCUGUUUCUGUUUCUUGUUCAGAGUUUUUCAAAAUGGGAUGGUUAUCUCUUUUUUUUCUUUGCCUUUCUUGCUUAGUGUUUGCAUUGUCAUACAUGUGCU